AUGAAGCCCCUUAACAAAGGUUUAAGUAUACUAUCUUUUCCCAAGAAUAAUAAGAAAACCAACAAAAAUCUUUCUCCUUUACUUGUUCCAAUCAAUGAUGCACCUAAAGAGAUUUCUAUUGAGGGUUCUUCACCUCAAGAUUCUUCACCUGGCAUCUCAUAUCCACUAGAGGACAUUCCUAUCAUUACAACAUCGAUAGAAACUCAAAGUGAGAAUCAUUCACCUCUACCGAAAUCACAUUCAGCUACAGAUUUUCGAGCAACAACUAAGGUCAUUCGCUCUUCUUCACAGAAUAACAUACUACAACCCAGUUCUUUAUAUCGACAUCAAAACCGCGUGUCGAUGUUUUCAUCAAAUGUCUCAACUAAACCGAAUAGUAUAGUAGCCGCGCGUAAGCAUAGUUUACCACCAGUUAUGGAUUUAUUUGAAAGCCAAAAGCAAAUUAUUCAACCAUUUAUGACGCUGGCAGAAUUUAAAAAAUACGAUGAAUUUCCUCGACAACAAAGAGCUAUUUUAGCUGCAUUACAGCGCCAAGAAAAUCGAUUAAGAAACGAAGGUGUCAUAAAAGAGAUGAAUAAGGCUACUUUAAGAGGGAAAAGAGAACGAAAACUUUCGUCAAAGACAAAGGAAAAGGAAACAUUUGCUAAUAGGUCUUCGAUACAUUCGGUAAGACGAGGUUCUUCUAGUGUUGCCGCACUAAAGUUUCUCGGGAUUAAAAAGGGUAAAAAACGAACUACAGAUCAUAAAACUUCAGAUGCAUUAGUAAUCCUUUCCCAAAUAUCAAACAAUGCUCUGAAAAAGAAAAAAAAGAAUGAAGUGAAUAAAUCAUUUUUACUGGCUAUGGCACAUCGUUUAGAAGAUAUAACUUUAGCUAUGUUUGAACGUGGUUUUCCAAGUGAUGUUAAUUCACCAAUAUUCUCCAAACCAGCCAAAAAUGCUGAACGUGGUGGUAUUUCAGGAUUACAAUUUCCAAGUUAUUUCAUUUUGGCUGUGGCACUUGGAUUGCAUGGACUUGUUAAAGUAAUGUUAAAGAGAGCAAAUAUGAAUCAAACAUGGUUUGGGUUAACACCUUUAAUUAUUGCCAUAUCUCAGUCAUCCCGUACACUUGUGAUAGAUCGUUAUUCAUCAGGUUCAAAUGCAACGUCCGACAUCACAUUAAUUAUAAAAUUAUUUUUGGAUCAUGGUGCAGACCCUUCACAAGGAUUGCCAUUGGAACAGUUUAACACGCUUAGACGAUUAAAAGCAAAAGAAUAUAUGAGACGUUUGAAUAUUUUGAAUUCAUUUAAUCCAAUCGAUACGUCUAAUGAAACAAAUAAAAUUGUUUCGGUGCCUCAUCGACUUUAUAAUUCGGGUCUGAGUGCAAAAAAGACUAAAGAAGAAAUAGAAAAGUUCGCCAGGGGAAAGUGGGUUCUUCCCAUAGACAUCGCUGCCGUUUCAGGGAAUAUUGAUAUAGUGAAAAUACUCCUUUCAAGGAUGGAAGCAUCGAAUAUUGCAAGCAGUUCGUUUUGCCUUUCUUUACAAAAUGACGUGAUGCUUACACUUGAACUUGCCCAUGCUGGUGCAAAUGUUAACCAAAUGGACAUAAGAGGAAGUACAGCAUUACAUCGAGCUGCACGUUCGGGUCAUAUAGAGAUGGUUGUAGUAUUAUUACAAUUGGGCGCAGACGUCAAUGCUAAAGAUGAAAAUGACUGGGCCCCACUUCAUGAGGCAAUAAGUCAAAACCAUUUGAACGUCUGUCCAAUUUUAGUAGCUGCUGGUGCAGAUUUACAUAUUACUAAUAAUAUUGGAAAAACGCCAAAAGAUUUAGGAAUAGAUUGUGGCUUAACUUUAGAACAAAUUGAACAAUGCUUAGAUGCAGUCAAUAGCACGCAUAGCGUACAAAGAAAUAAUGAGAUCAUGAUAAAUCAAAAACAUGAUAUUGCAAAUGGAACAACACAUUUUUCAAAAAAUAUUUCCCUUAAGCGUUUUGGGACAUUUCCGAGGAAAUCGCAAAAUAUUACAUCUAUUUUGAUGGGCGGUAGUA